UGGAGGGGCGAGUGCAAUUUCGCUUCGCUUUCCCUGUCUCCCACUCUCGUCAAGAUCGAGGUUCGCUUGCAUCAAAGUUCAAGGUCAAGAUUCAGAGUUCAGAGUCAAUGACAAUUAUAAGGAGUCGAAGGGAAAAAUAAUACCCCUCUCCCGGAUGAUCCCUGUUUUCCCCCCUCUUUAUUGCACGAUCGAUGACGUGAUUUCCAGCCAAUCAAGGGAGAACAUUCUUGAGAGCAAUGACCUGCUGCAAAUUCGUCAGUUUCGGCAGGGGUUACUUGAGUGCAAUAAGUUGCAUGACAAGUUGGUACUUGUCUUGGGCUGUGGGGGAUAGACAGACACAACCAAAUCGCAGGACUAGACGGUUUGCGCAUUCGCAUGUAGAGUGGAUUUUUUCGUCUUUCAACAAAAAUAAGAGAAGUGCGACCAAAGUUUGGUCUACGGCAACAACAAAAUGAUAGAACCCGGGGACAAUCAGUCAGAGAAAAAGAGGGGCAGGGGACGAGGUCGUCCAGCAAAGGUGCAAAAACUGGACGAGGGAGGAAGUAGUGGUGACAGGAGCGAGCUGGAUAUGAUGCGGGAGCGCAACAUCAUCGAGAAAAGCAUCAUGUUCAAAACCACAGGUCUGCUCGAAUCCGCAGCCGCCUUCGAAGCAACCCUCAAGAGGAAACAGGAAAAAGUUAGACCAGGAAGAGACCCUUCCACCUUGGCGGGUAGGUCAACAAGGUCAAACCGAAUUGCUGCCCAGCAGGACCAAGCAAUCUUGCCUGCGGCUGACGCUUCAAAGGUCCAGGACAAGAAGGAUAAGAGCUUGAAAGACUGUGUGGCGCCUUUUAGCAAACCUGAGGAUGUCCCCAUCUUCCUCGAAGUGGCCAAAGAAGUUCAAAAAGAAUCUCCUAAGAAAUCUAGCGAACUCCAAAGCAUGGAGUUUUCGACCAUGAAGGAAAAACUGGAGGGACUGUGCAAAAUUUCUGAGCUGAUGUUGAACUACCAAGCGUCAAAGGUGACUGCUCUUGCCGUCCAUAGAUCUGUCAAUCCUCUGCUGCUGACCAGCGGCACCAAGAGCGGCAGCGUCUGCAUCUGGAAGGUAGAGGAGGAUGACCCUGAAGUGGCCUCCUCUCAGGUCUUCGGCUUCGGCACUCACGUAGAUCAGGUCAAUCACCUCCUCUUCGGGGCUGACCACCCCAACUUCCUGUUCUCCAGCAGCCGAGAUGGGACUGUCAAGUGUCUGGACCUCAACCGGGAGCAGUUCACUCUCUGCCACAAAACUCUUGAAGAGGAGACUUGGCUGACCUGGCACGCCCAGGUAAAACCUUCUGUCCUGUUAGUUGCUUCUUCUGAAGGCUGCCUGCUCCGUCUGGACACACGUGAAGAAGCCGUGUCUAAAUUCCAGUGCCACUACGGCUCCAUCAACUCAGUGGAUGUGGUUCGAGAAAACUGCGUUCUGACUGCUUCAGACGACGGAAUCAUGAGCAUCUGGGACCUGCGCUGCAUGAGCACCAGCAAAUCUGUGGACAGUGGGAUAGUCAAAGGGCGUCAGAGGGCCACGCCAAUCACUGAAGCUGUGGAAUCGGCCUUCUUUUCUCCGCAGGGUGGCAACCGCCUCCUCGCUUCCAGCAAGGACCACUUCUACGUCUACGACCAUGCCCCAAACCUGGCGCCCUUCCAAUCCUUCUCAGGCGUCAUCCUGAACUCAGACACCAGGAAGAGCAAUUUACCCAUGGCCCAUUGGCAUCCUUCGAGGAGUGAUGUGUUUGUGGCUGGUGGCUCCAGCGGUCCUGCUGCUGGAAUCAACAUCUUCAACGCAAAGGUUUCCUCAACUCCGACUGUGCUCCGUCAGGCAGACUAUCUUAUCAAAGAUGGUUGCACUUCAAGUGUUUUGUUCCAUCCAACUUGCUUUGUCCUAGUCUCUGCUGCUGCUUCAAAAAUCCAUGUCUUCAAGUGAAAAAUUUAUGAAAAAGAGUACUCCCUCUCUACUCAUAAUUUAAUUUUUUCUUCUCAAUAAUCUUUCAAAUUAAUCUCAAUUAAUCUCACGGAAUCUCACUUUGAUUAUCUUCUUUGCGUACAUUUCAAAAGAUUUUCAAUGUAUCCAUUUUUUGGGUAUGUAUACAUAUAAUAUAGUUUUGUACUGUUUAUUAUUUUUGGCUUUAUGGCAAAAAUACCAUGAUUAUUUUUCUAACUAUAUGAAUUUGAUAACUGAAUAUGAAACAACAUACCUGAAAUUAACUUCUGUGGUCGAUGAGAAGGAUUGCUAUAAAUAAAAUUGAAAUAAUUAUAACGAAUUAUAAUAUACAAAAAAAAAAUAUGCAUUAAAAUCUGAAGAUUCUGUUGGUUCUAUUUAUUUUCGCGCCAUCAAGUCAUAGUUUUCAGAAGGAGCUACUUUCCGUGAGGCGAAAACUGCGUGUUGAUUGGUUUAUUAGAAUAGUUAUUCGAUGCAACAACGGCUCUCGGCUACUCCUCUACGAAACCCUGCGAAGAGAACAUCGACUGUCACUUUUUUGCUUUGGCGCUCUAAAUCCGCCGAAUCCGCCGCUCGGCGCUCGCAGCUGUCAACGUAAAAACACAUGGUCGUCCACGAAAACCGGAAAAUUUAAUCCAAAUCUCGUGCAUCUUUCCAAAAACACUCAAAGUUAUUUUUACAUCGCUGGCUUUCCCUGUUGCUGGAAAAAAAAUGAGUCGUCGCAGUGGACGAUUGAGUUUAAAGCACCUCAAUCGCGAAGUUGAGGGUUCCACCAGUCUAAAGAAAUUAUCAACGCCAACAAAGAGGAAACAAGAACCACUCUUGGAGUUGGAAACUGUGGGCAGACGGAAAUCACUCAACUAUGACGACGAAAUUGCAUUCAAGCCUAGCGUCAAGCGACCACGGCUUUCGACUGGCUCGACCAUUAAGAAGAAAACAAUUUUGGGAAUUUUGAGUUCUGAUAACAGUGAUGACAACAAAGAGUCACCCUUUAAAGAAAAUGAUUAUCAAUCCAACAUAAUCCCAGCAAGCACUAAAACCGAAACAGCCGUCAAGGCUGAGAUCAAGGAGGAACCUGCUGAAGACGAGGCCGCUGAGGAAUCGGAAAUGACCGAAGUGGAACGGCUCCGCAGACAGAAUAUAGAGCAACGUAUGAAAAUGUUUGAGGAGCUGAACUUGGGGGAACUCAAGAAGGAAAUAGAAACGUCUUUCACGGAGACCAAAGCAAGUUCGAGCAGAAGGUCGUCCAUCUUCAGCUCAAAAUCAAGCAUUCCCUUCGGAGCCACAGAGGAAGUCGGCGCGUCUGCUAGGGUUGGAGGCCAAGAAGGAGGAGCUGCCUCCUGAUUUUUUGAGGCCAAGUAGGACACGGGCCUCUGCAAAUGGUCAAAGCGUCUUCCGAUCUUACCAGCAGGACGACUGGGGUUCCGUUCCAAGAAACUCGACCCCGGUGCUGACCCUUGAUGACGCUGUACAUCACAACUUUGUCGACAAAGAGAAUUCGGUGCUGCUGGAGGACAUUUGCUGCA